CUGAGAUAGGGGAAGUGGAAGCAAUACAGGGAAAAGGCUAAAUUGUCGCUGAGAGGAGCAGAAAUCCUCCGUUGUUUUCAGUGAUGUAGAGAAAAAGGACUGUUAAUAAAACAGGGUUUCAGGUGAUGAUCUGAGGAUGUGUUUCUGCCUGCAGGACCCAUGACCCUGACACGAGGUUCCUUCAGCUACUCCAAUGGCGAGGAGUACCACGGCGAAUGGAAAGAAGGUCUGCGUCACGGCCUGGGUCAGCUGACCUUCAGCGACGGGACGUGCUACACGGGUCAGUUUGAGAACGGGCUGUUCAACGGCUGCGGGAUGCUGGUCUUCCCCGACGGAUCCAGGUAUGAAGGUGAAUUUGUGCAGGGUAAAUUUCAAGGCGCUGGCGUCUUCACACGCUUCGACGGGAUGAGGUUCGAGGGCGAGUAUAAAAGUGGCUGUGUGGAUGGAUACGGAGUGCUGACGUUUCUGGAUGGAGGCCCCGGAGGCGGCAAUGAGGGUCUGUUUGAGAGCAACCAGCUGGUGAGGAGGGAGAACAGCCAGGGGGCCGUGCUGAGGGCGCAGGCAGCCGCCGCCAAGGCCCGAGCUCUGGCCAUGUGACCCCGGACUACAUUUCCCACAGUGCCCCACCAUCAGGACCGCCAUCCUCUUGGUUUGAACAGCUGAUUAUGUGAUUUAUGAAGAGAUUUGUUCCUUUAGUUUCCGUCUCGUUCAGCAUGUGUGUGUGUUAUUUCGAUUUCGCAUCUCUGUACCGUGCAGUAUUCUCUGGAGUAGAAGUCU